GUCGGUACGCAAACACAAGAGAACAAACUUUAAACCAGCUCUGUCUUUUUAGCUCCUGUAUGGAACCUCUGCCACCAUGGACAAAUCCAUCUGCACAUUAUUACUGCUAUUAUCCAUUCACACUCUGCGUGUGAACAGCGAGGGUUUUUCACUGUCGACUAUUGAACUCGCUCCCAUCCCCUGUAAUGACAAAGCAGUGGAGAAGCUGUCGCGUCUGGCUGUCACUUACAUCAAUGAGGAUCGAGUCGAUGGCUACAAGUUUGCCCUCAACCGCAUUGCAAACGUCCACCUCCAUGCUCAGGGCCCAGCAGGCAACGUGUACUACCUGGACCUGGAUGUCCUGGAGACCAAGUGUCACAUCGGCAGUCCAAAACCAUGGAAACGCUGCGACGUCAGACCAUUCAUGGAAACACAAAUCUCUGGCAACUGUAACACCACCAUUCUCCACACACCAGAGGGAUACUCCUACCUGUACAGCUACGACUGCACACUUGUCCCAGAUCCCCCAGAAAAGCUCCAGCUGACCUGCCCAACCUGCCCCACCCUGCUCCCUGUAGACAGCGCACAGGCUGUGAACGCUGCUCAGGUCACUCUGGCGUCCUAUAAGAGACAGUCACCAGUGGGUGCAGGGAUGGGAGUGAAGAAGAUCACCAGAGCUUCGGUGCAGGUUGUGCCAGUGAAAGCCAGCUUUGUGGAGUAUAUAGUCCAAGAUUGUCCAGAGGGAGUGACGGAAAGAGGCACCUGCCAGCGACUGACGCUGGAGUCUGACACAGAGACUGCAGGUUUCUGUGCAGGAUCUGUGCAUGGAGACUUGGACGUCCAUCCUGAUGUCCAGGUGGCCUGUGAGAUGUUCAAAGCACAGAAUGUGGACAUCCUCAGACCGGUGCAGCCUCAGGGUCACGACCUCCCGUUGGACCCUGUGAUCCCAACCUUCCCGCCUCUGAUCGAUGACCCAGGAAAUGAUCCGCUGCCUGUUCCUUCUGACCCCACACUGCCCCCUGCUGUUCAACCGGCGCCGUUUGACCCAGAUGUCAUUCUCCCUGCGCCCUUUAACCCCGUGGUCGACCCCGUUUUCAACCCCUCUAACCCCUCCUCCUCAUCUUCCAGUGAGUCUGCUGAAGAUCUAGUAAACCAGCAACAGCAGCCACCAGGUGCUGGAUCUUCUGCUUCAUCCUCUGAGGAGAUAGGAGGCCCCAUAGCGCUGCGACCACCCUUUGACUUCCACUACAAGAGGCGUGAUCGCAAAAAACGGCAGGCCCUGAUGGAGAACCUGAUGGAGACCUCACCCUCUCACAACCCCACCUUCCUUUCUGAUUUCCCCAGUGGGUCUUCUCCUUUCCGCUCCUGUCCCGGUCCUUCUCGUUACACCACAGUUUAACCGGCGCUGCCAGUGAGGGGGUGGACCAAUAAACUGCUCCGCUCCCCGUCACUGGAGGCUGGUAAUAAGUUGUGCUAAUGAGAGGAAUGCUACCUCUUCUCACUGGCCCUGAAAUUACUUCUCUGCUGCUACUGUCUGUAAUACUGCUCCCAAAGCAGACAAGCUUAAACCACAUGUAUUUGGCUUCAGAUAUUUGAACAAUUUGAAUAAAUCUUGGUUUGAAUCACCUGUCAA